AUGGCGAAAUCAAGCAAGAGCGAAGGGAGCGAGAGCGUGGUUGUGUCUUCUGACGCUGUGAAGGCUGUGCAUGCGUUUCUUUUGACGCACGCCAAGCCGAAGCUGGCUGCAAAGCUGGCGGACCAAUACCCUAACCUCGGGCUUUCGGACGAUGCCGAGAAGGCCGAGAAGAUUUCGAAUGCGCUCGUGAGCACAGUGAAGAGUGCGCUGGCCGUACCCAGCUCGGAGCUUGCUGUGGCUCUGCAGGGCGAGAAGAAGAAGACGCGCAAGGCCGACGAGGCCACUGACGACAAGAAGGCCAAGAAGGCCAAGAAGGCCAAGAAGAGCAAGGGCGACGAGGAGGCGGAUGUGUCCAUGGCUGACGAGACGGCCGAUGUGACGGUCGAAGAGCCCGAGGCGCCCGAAGAGGAGCCGGCAGAGGAGCCGGCAGAGGUGUCGAUCACCGAAACCGUCGCCCCGAAUGCCAUUGCGGUCACCGAGACUGUCGAGUCGCCUGCGCACAAGAAGAAGAAGAAGACGACCGGUGAGCGCUUCCAGCGUGUCAAGUCGGACCAGGUGGUAUUUUUGGAUGACCGUCUGAGGGAUAUGAGCUACGAUGCCAAGUCUGGCGCUGGCGACUAUGGCGCGCGUGCGAGUGCCGACUUGAUGGUGACGCAGGGCAAGGGCUUCACGAAAGAAAAGAACAAGAAGAAGCGUGGCAGCUACCGUGGUGGUCUGAUCGACCAGGGCUCCCACUCGAUCAAGUUCACCUACGAUGACGAAUAG